AUGCCAACUGGUUCGGCCCACCAGCAUUACUACUUUUCCAUUGGCAGCGUCGAAGCCUUUGAACGCAAACUAGACGCAGCGCAGGACGAACUUGAAAUUCCGGCAUCCGAACGAGUUCCUGUCGCAUACCACGAGGAAGUGUCUGCGCUCAAUACCAUCCUCACAUUCGCCCCUACUAUUCUCUUAGUCGGCUUCAUCUGGUGGAUGAGCCGACGAGCCAAUAAUGCGGCUGGCGGUGGAAGUGGAAUCUUCGGUAUCGGAAAGAGUCGAGCCAAGCUCUUCAACCACGACACCGAUGUAAAGGUUCGUUUCCAAGACGUCGCCGGUAUGGACGAGGCCAAACAGGAGAUCAUGGAGUUUGUCAAGUUCCUCAAAGAGCCAGCACGCUUUGAGAGACUAGGGGCCAAGAUUCCGCGAGGGGCUAUUCUCUCUGGACCUCCCGGGACUGGAAAGACGCUCCUCGCAAAGGCCACGGCAGGCGAAGCUUCUGUGCCCUUCUUAUCCGUGUCUGGCUCGGAGUUUGUGGAGAUGUUUGUUGGCGUCGGAGCAUCGCGUGUACGUGACUUGUUCGCGACGGCGAAGAAGAAUGCUCCAUGCAUCAUCUUCGUCGACGAAAUCGACGCCAUUGGCAAGUCACGAGGCAAAGGUGGUCAAUUUGGUGGAAACGACGAACGCGAGUCGACCUUGAAUCAGCUUCUGGUAGAAAUGGAUGGGUUUGGCACUGCAGACCAUAUCGUUGUGCUCGCUGGCACUAACCGUCCCGAUGUUUUGGACGCUGCUCUUCUCCGCCCGGGGCGUUUCGACAGACACAUCGCCAUCGAUAGACCCGACGUCUCUGGUCGGUGCCAAAUCUUCCUGGUUCACCUUGCACCACUUCGGCUUUCUCCCUCUAUCACGAACCGCGAAGAGUUCGCCUCCAAACUUGGAGUACUGACACCCGGAUUCUCUGGAGCCGACAUCGCCAACGUCUGUAACGAAGCGGCCUUGCAUGCUGCGCGAAGGGAGAGCGACCAUGUCGAGGAAAUUGACUUUGAGAGUGCCAUCGAACGAGUCAUUGUCGGACUAGAGCGCAAGAGCAGAGUGCUAAGCAAGGAAGAGAAGACGACGGUUGCGUACCACGAAGCUGGCCACGCCAUUUGCGGCUGGUUUUUGGAACAUGCCGAUCCUCUUCUUAAAGUUAGCAUCAUUCCGCGUGGUGUUGGUGCACUUGGUUAUGCACAAUAUCUCCCUGCGGAGAGAUAUCUGCUUUCGCAUCCUCAGCUCAUUGACCGCAUGUGCAUGACUCUUGGUGGACGCGUGUCAGAGGAAAUCUUCUUCGGCAAGGAGAAUAUCACCUCUGGAGCACGCGACGACUUGGACAAGAUCACCAAGAUGGCCUACGAAGCCUGCGCAAGCUAUGGCAUGGACAAGGAAAUUGGCCCGGUCAGCUAUGGUGGACGAGAGGCUCUCAAGGAGAAUUGGCAAAAGCCGUUUAGCGAGAAGACUGGGGAACUCCUCGACUCACGAGUACAUCAGAUGAUCAUGGAUGCCCACCAACGGACCACGGAGCUGUUGACAAAGUACAAGCCCGAGGUCGAGAAGGUAGCCAAGCUAUUGUUGUCAAAGGAGAUUAUCACUAGAGAGGACAUGAUCGAACUCCUCGGCAAGCGUCCAUUCCCGGAGCGAGCCGACGACAUGGACAAAUGGCUGGACAAGCAUCGAGGCGGCUCGGUGGCUCCACCUCCGUUAGAAACUCCUCCAAUCCCGGUCGCGUCUUCAGAGGAGCCGCAGGUAGAACCUUCACGGAUAUGA